CCUCUCCAUCCCAUCCAUACAUUGCCUUCACACAUUUCCAUUACCUCCCUUCCCCGACGACGACGAGACCAGCAGCAGCUCCUCGUCAUGCCCAGGUCACCAUCGCCUCCUAGGCGAGAGCGAGAUCGCGAGCGUGAGCGUGAGCGUUCCUCCCGGCACGACAGCGAUCGGCGCGACCAUCACGCUUCCUCCUCCUCGCACAGACGCCAUCGGGAUGACGACUACGAUGAAUCAAGGUCAAGGCGUGACAGAGACAGAGGAGAGGAGAGCAGUAGCAGCAGGAGACAUAGAGAUGACCGUGACCGAGACGGCCAUCGAUCCAGCACGAGGGACAGGGAGAGGGAUGAUGAUAGAAAUCGCCAUCGCAGACGGAGGAGUUACGAUUCCGAAGAGGAUGAGAGGAGACGCAAGAAGAAGGAGAAGAAAUCUCGCCAUCGCGAUGAGACUUCCCAGGAGCGACGUGAACGCAAAGCAGCCAAGAAGGCGCUUUCUGGCCUAGACGCAGACGAUCUGGCAGCUCAAAGAGCCAACGCCGCUGAAGCGCUUAUGUACUCAGCUGAAGACAAUCCCUUCAACGACGCCAAUAUCGGACAGCAAUUCAAGUGGGGCAAAAAGGAGGAGAAGGAGAAGAAGAUGGGCAUGACGCCUGCUGAAGCUAGGAAGCGAGAUGAGGAGAGGAGAAGAGAUGCCCUGGAGGAGAUCUCCCGCCUUAAUGCCUCGCGGGCUCAACGAGAGAAAGAGCAGGCCGAGCGAGAGGAAGAAGAGUCGAAGAUGGCCCGACUGGCCGAGUCGGCGGCCAUGUCGGAAUGGGUCGCAAAGGAGGACGAGUUCCAUCUGGAACAGUCCCGCCGCCGAGCAGCCAUCCGUAUCAGGGAGAAUCGAGCCAAGCCCAUCGACCUGCUGGCCAUGAACCUUCGCUGGGCUGAUGGAGAGCGGAUGAGCGCCAAAAGAACUGACGAGGAUGAAGAUGAUGACGAAGCUGGGCUGGAGAUCGACCUGGAGGAGCCAUACGAAAUCUUCGACGCUCUCACCCUGGAAGACACCGAAGAGCUUCAUCAAGACAUUCAGAUGUACCUCACGCUCGAGACGAAUGAGCAGAAUCUCGACUUUUGGAGGUCGAUGAUUAUCGUGUGCGACGACAAGCUGGCAGAUCUGCGUCAAGGUCAGGUUGAUCCAGCCGACCCAUCUAUGCGCUCUAGGCUAGACCCCUCGGUCAAGGGAGAGAUGAACAAGAUGCUCCAAGACAAGACUUAUGCGCAGCUUAUGGCCCUGCAAGACCAAGUGAGAGACAAGCUGCAAUCGGGUGAGGCCAUUGAUGUCGAGUACUGGGAACAGCUGCUCAAGACUAUUGUCGUCUGGCGAGCAAAGCUGAAGCUGCGCGAUUUGCACGAAGUUGUCCUGGAGAAUCGUCUAGAGUACCUGCGAAGGAAGCAACGAGACGAAGCCAGCAAGCAACAAGAGGAGCUCGUUGCUCAGCUCGGCGAUGAAGGUCUGGUGGUCGAUGACGACGAGUACGAUAGCCAAGGCAAUGCCGCCAUGGAGGGCAAGGACGAUCAGGCGGCCCUCUUCGAAGACGAAGAGGCCUGGGACGAAGAAGUCAUGGAUCCCACGCCCGUCGACGAGUCCCGCCUCACCUAUGAUGAACGUCAUUUGCCGGUACAGACCUGGGAGAGCUUUCGUACCGAGCUGGUCACCGCUCGUCGCAAGAUUCUCGGUGCUGCCUUUGUCCCACGAAGUCGUGCCGACUCUUCCCAAGUGCCAGACGGUGUCGAUGCUGCCGAAGCUCUCUUCGCACAAGAAGCAGCAAAGGGAGUCGACGUUUCAGAAGAAGCCUUCAAUGGUCCCGCCAACGAAGCCUCUAUUGCUCCUCCCACCGGCGGCAGCUACGAUUGGGAAGACAAGUAUCGCCCUCGCAAGCCUCGUUACUUCAAUCGAGUCCACACGGGCUUCGAGUGGAACAAGUACAACCAGACGCACUAUGACUCUGAUAACCCUCCACCAAAAGUUGUACAGGGAUACAAGUUCAACAUCUUCUACCCGGACCUUAUUGAUAAGUCCAAGGCGCCUACGUACAAGAUUGUCAAGGAGCCAGGCAAUGAUGAGACGGUCGUCAUUCGCUUCGAGGCGGGAGCGCCAUAUGAGGAUUUGGCGUUUAGAAUUGUGAAUAAGCCGUGGCAGUAUAGCCACAAGAGAGGCUUCAGGAGCAGCUUCGAAAGGGGAAUCUUGCAGCUCUACUUCAAUUUCCAGCGGAACUUCUACCGGAAGUGAGGAGUAUGUCGGCUUUGCUUAUCAUGAGAAUUCUCUGCCUUUGGAUCCCUCACACGGCGCCCACAUUGUGCUUCCGCCUUGGUUCGAUCCUGUAUCCUUCAUCACCACGUCUGACAUGUCCAGGAAUUCACAGUGUCCUGAUAUCAAAGAGAUGAAUGGGUAUAAAUCGACCAGCGCACAGCAAAGUAGCAGUAGAGAGUACAAGCAGGGCUUCCUUCCUUCCGGUAAUGAGGUCAGAACACCUCCAUCUGAUCUCUCCCCUGCUCCCCUAG